ACAUGGCCGAAUGACAACAGUUGCCAAGCCAAUGUUUUGGUGGACAUCAGGAGGAGUUAAAGCGCGUAAAAUAAAUUGUUUAUUGAACGAAUGUAAUAGAUUGAUGCUUUAAUCUAGAAGAUCCUAUCGAUCUGGUUUCUAUAAACUCACGUUGAUACAACAUAAUUUACCGACAAGCAUGAGCGAGCAAUUGAAAUAUAUAGUUGACAAUCUCAACCAGAAACCGUACAACAAAAGCUAUAAUUUGAUAAGCUUUGACUCACUAAACCCUCUAACUCUGCUUCAAAUUCUCAAUGAUGUCUUUGCGGAAAUCAACCCACAGCACAAAUUGGAUAUCCGAGAAGAGGAUCCAGAGUCGAUGGUUGUUCGUAUGUUGACGUUCCUGCGUGUACUCAAAUACAAACCUACGAUAGGUGCCGAUAACCCCAAUGCGUUCAGACAGGGGUUGGUUCAAGGGGAAAAGCCUGUCGUUUAUCCCAUUCUACAAUGGCUCUUCCAAAACAUGGAUGACCUGAAAAAACGGGCUUACUUAGCUCGGUAUUUAGUGCGUAUUGAUAUACCACCUGACCAGAUUGCUGAUCAAGAUAUUUCUGAACUCAAUGAAGGGUAUGGUGAACUUAUGGAACAAUUUAAGGAAUUCCAUAAAGAAUUAGAACGGUUAAAGUCAUCUGGAUAUUCAACUGGCGAAAUUAAGAAGGACAUCGUUAACAUGGAGGAUGAACGGGAACAGCUCAUCAAGCGUGUGGACCGUGUGAAAAAGAAGAUUGAGUCUGUGAAGAAUCACGAAAAAAUGAUUACUGCUGCUCGAAAUUUACGGAUCGCGAGAGAACAAGAGACCGAUUUGAGACAACAGAUGAUCGAUCAGAAAAACCAGCUUCUUCAUGCUGAGCAGAAAUACCAGCGACAACAACAACAAUUGAAGAAUACGCGUUCCCAAGGAGUGGGAACAACUGGUUCUGACCUUGUGCGAAAACUUGAGGAGGAAUGUAAGAUAAAUUCUUACCUAUGUCAGGAUAAGAUCCCAAAGGAUAUUGAAGCGAAGCAAAAAGCAAUCGGUGACAUCCAGCGAGUAAUUGAUGAGCCAGCUAUGGGACAGUCUGAUUUAGAUCAGUUAAAUCAGCAGAUAAGACAAUUGUCGGAUGAAAUCAACAAGCUGAUUGAAAAACGCAUGGUUCGCAAUGAUCCAAUUGACGACAAAUUGUCUUUAUUCCGUCAACAGGCUUCAAUAAUCGUUGGUAAGAAAGAUGCAGCUGCAGAAGAACUAAGAGAGGUUAUGGAAGAGUUAAACGCCAAAGAAGGCGAUCUGCAGAGCAAACGUGAAGCACUAAAACAAAGUGAAGGAUCCGAAGUUAUUAAAGGAGACGAGUUUAAAAGAUAUGUUAACAAGUUACGAAGUAAAAGCACUGUGUACAAAAAGAAACGACAAGAAUUAACUGAAUUGCGGGCAGAAUAUGGUGUUCUCUCACGUUCAGAAGAAAUUUUAAAGGGUCGCGAAGGACAACUUAACGACCAUUUAUCUCAGUUGGAAGUACAAAAAGGAGUGUCAGGUUUUCACGACACACAAGAGGAAUUGGAAAAGGUGUCCUCUGUGAAAAGUGGUUUGGACGAACAAAAAGGAAAAUCCCUAGAUGAAAUUUCUGAUAUGGUACGAAAAUUGAACUCCACAAUUGUAGAAAAGAAAAGCUCGCUGGCUCCAAUCAUAAAGGAACUAAGGCCAAUGAGGCAGAAGUGUCAGGAAGUGACUGCAGAAUAUGAUGAAAGAAAAGCAAUUUACGAAAACCUGGCUGCUAAUCUCGAGAGCAAUAUGUCCAAAUUGGAACAAGAAGUUAAAGCAUUAAGAGAUGAGCUUGCCCAUGAUGAAAGCAGAUACUUUUACUUGAAUUCCAUGACGAAGCUUCUUAAAAUACAAGAGAAUCGAAUUGAAGUAGAAAUGAAGUCAUAUACAUCAUCGGAUCCCAACGAUAAAAAGAAAUCUUACAGAGAACAAUAUACAAAGAAAAUUCAAGAGCAAGAAAAUUUGGGAAAGAGCUUAAGAGAAAAGCAGAAAAGUGUUCGUGAAAACCAUGGGCCUAGCAUCAAACAAAUGAAGAUGUGGAACGAUCUGACUACGUUGUUGGAGUGCAAGCGAGAAUGUUUAAAGAAAGCCAGUUCCCAAUCUAAAGUUCCGUCUUCAGUGCAAAACGGUGAAGAUGAUGUAUUGAUACUGUAGUUUAUUUAAGAUAAAUGUAUAUUUCUGCAUAUAUUCCAUUUAAUAUAGUUAAAGUUAUGAUUAGUUAUUGCAGCGUUUCCAUUCUCCCGUAAAUCGCCUAUCACGAUCCGAAUUCAUAAUAUAUUCUAUUUAUUAUACUGUAAUUAUGGUAACUAGCCAUUUGCCACAAAUAAAAAAAUAACUUGUUGACUUCGAUGU